AUGAAACAGUUCCAGUUUGGGGUACCUCAGUCGCCGGUCAAGAAACAGAUCAACAAUAUUUUGGAAUCAUCUCGUAACUCAACUCCCACAACUGUGUCCAAUAUUUCCGAACGCUCGAAGCUCACGUUGAGAACCCCUGUCCCUAUCACAACUGUAGCGACUACCCCGACGCCCACAAUUUUGAUCACGACGCCUAGUCCAACUUUAUCACCAUUAGUGACUUCUCCAAUCGCGACCCCGACUUUGUCGAAUUCUGUCGCCAGCGGAUCGGAUACGCCGAACGCCGGCGUGACACCCACACUCACGCUUGAGAGUCCAAACCCAACUACGCCUACAUCGCGAGUAUCAACGCCGUUGGUGCAGACCCCAAACGUAGUUCCGCGGAACCCGAGGUUUGAAUUUCCCACACCAGACCGGGGUGGUGAAGGUACGGUCAGCAAUAGCGGUUCGAGUUCUCCGACGAAAGGAAAAAAGACAGACAUGGCUUCAGGAGGUUCAGGUCAGGACAACGGAGGACAGGCUGGAGAUGACAAGUUCAUGACGGAGUGGAAAAAUAUGAAGGCGUUGCUUGUGGACUUAGUGGACAAAAACGCAGAGCUAAGGACGGAAAUACAAGAACAAAAGAAAGCGUUACAGGCGAAAGGAAGUCAGGGACCAGUCAAAAUGAAGACGGGCGCAACCCAAACGGACGACAGCUCGAAGGGAGCGAUACCGAAGAGAGGAGAGGGAUCAACGUCGACUUCAUCCGGCAUUCCGCAAGAGGAAUGGGAAGCCAUGAAGGAGAUGCUGCGGACGAUCAUGCUGCAGCAGAGCUCGGCAUCAGCAAACAACAACGUACCUCCUAGGAACAAUCCUCAGCCAGGCCGAGGAAGCGAAAAUCCACGCCAAUCUCCACCGCCGUACCCACCGAGUUACGAGGGCGACUACAGCGACGCAUCUAGCUCGAGAGGAAGUGCUCGAGGAGGCCAUCGGUAUCGAGAUCAGCCAGGACGAUUCGACGGACGAAUCGACAAAUGGAAGAUCCGGUUCUCAGGCGAUUCUAGUGUAUCCGUGGAGAAUUUCCUAUACAAGGCGAAGAAACUAGCGGAACGGGAAGAAAUUCCGCCGUGGGAGCUACUCCGGAACAUUCACAAGCUGCUUGAAGGAACCGCCGAAGACUGGUUUUUCACUUACGCGGACGAUUUCGACUGUUGGCGAACGUUCGAGUGCAAGUUCACGCACCGGUUCGGCAAUCCCAACAAGGACCAGGGAAUCCGAUCAACCAUGAAAUACCGGAAGCAGCAACGGGGAGAGGCGUUCAAGGCAUUUGUCGAUGAGAUCGUGAGGUUGAACCGACUGCUGACAAACCCGUUACCGCAGGACAGGCUGUACGAGACCAUCUGGGACAACAUGAGGGAUCACUACAAGACAAAGAUUGCCGUAGUUGGGGUAGGAGACUUGGACCAACUGUUGGAAAUCAACCACCGGAUCGACGCAGCGGACAGCUCGAUCAAGCAGCAAGCAGACGGCUCAGGCGAGUUUUCAAAUCAGCGCCACGUGAAUCACGUGGAAGUUGAUGAGUAUGGAAGCGAAGAGGACGGAGCAUCGGUCAACGCCAUCAGAGGUCAACAGAGCAGCUACAGGCCGCCGUGCAGUUCGGCGAGUCAGGACCAGCAACGAUCGACAAGUGCGUACCGUAAUCAGUACCGAUCGAGACCGCAGCAGCAACCCAGAGAACAAGCACAUCACCAACAACAACCUCAAGAUCAACUACAACAACAACCGCAGCAUUUGAUCAAUCGAACGCGACAGGCAGACACGACUCAAGCAGCGAACCCACUUCCGGUAGAGACCAGCGGAGCCACAGCUCAACUGUUGUGCUGGAACUGCUUGGUUCACGGGCACAGCUGGCGCCAAUGCAACAAACCGAAAGCAAACAAGUGUCCGCACAUCCGAGUCAACAUCUUCGACACGCAAAUCGAUGCGCUGCUCGACUCUGGAGCGGGAGUCAGCAUUUUGAACUCGCUGGACAUCAUCGACCAGUACCGUUUAAAAAUCCAACCGGCGGCCAUCCGAGUGUCGACCGCGGACGGGUCGAACUACGGCUGCUUGGGAUUUGUAAAUUUGCCGUUUACGUUCAAGAACACGACGCGAGUGAUUCCAACCAUUGUCGUCCCGGAGAUCUCUCGGAAACUAAUACUCGGAGCCGAUUUCUGGGAGGCGUUCGGGAUCAAGCCGAUGAUCGACCUCGGUCAAGGACCAGAAAGCGUCGAGAUGGUCGAGCAGGACGACGACGCACUUCUCUGCUUCACGAUCGAGCCGUCGGAGACAACGCUAACGUUGGAAGAACCCGAGGAGGAGGACACGCUGGACAUUCCGGUGUACGAAGGUCCUACCGAGUCCGUUCCGGAUCCGGAUGCGAUCGAGACCGAGCACGUCCUGACGACCGAACAACGCCGACAACUGUCCGAAGUCAUUCGUGCAUUCGAGUUGACGUCGACCGGGAAGUUAGGUCGCACACACCUCAUCGAGCACGAGAUUGUGCUGAAGGAAGGAGCAAAACCGAGGAACCCGCCCAUGUACCGCUGUUCACCGUACGUUCAGCAAGCGAUCAACGCCGAGGUGGAACGGUUCAAGAAGCUGGACGCGAUCGAGGAAUGCUACAGCGAAUGGACCAAUCCGCUUGUUCCGGUGCCGAAAAAGAACGGGAAAGUUCGAGUCUGUCUCGAUUCGCGAAAGAUCAACAAGUUGACGGUCAAGGAUAGCUACCCAAUGCGGAACAUGCAAGAUAUAUUCCGACGGUUGGGCAAGGCUACGUACUUUUCCGUCAUAGACUUGAAAGACGCCUACUUUCAAAUACCUUUGAAAGAGGAAUGUCGUAAUUUGACCGCUUUUCGAACUUCAGAGGGAGUCUUCCGGUUCAAAGUCCUUCCGUUCGGGCUGAUGAAUGCGCCGUUCACGAUGUCCCGACUGAUGGCCAAGGCAAUUGGUUCAGACCUAGAGCCUAACGUCUUCGUCUAUCUGGACGACAUCGUGAUCGCGGCGAAUUCCUUCGACGAGCACCUGCGGUUGCUUCGACUGGUGGCGGAACGACUUCGAAAGGCCGGGUUGACUAUCUCGCUCGAGAAAUCUCGUUUCUUCCGCAAGCAGGUCAUGUACUUGGGGUACCUCCUCAACGAGCACGGAGUGGCCAUCGACAAAAGCCGGAUUCAACCGAUCCUCGACUACGCACAGCCGCGGACGCAGGAGGACAUCCGAAGGUUAAUGGGCCUCGCCGGGUUCUACCAACGGUUCAUCAAGGACUACAGUAGAAUGACGGCGCCGAUCACCGACUUGUUGACCAAAGAGAACAAACGCUUCACGUGGACUAAAGAGGCAGAAGACGGGUUUCGGGAGCUCAAAGCAGUCCUGACCUCCGCGCCGAUCUUGGGAAACCCUGACUUCUCGAAGCUGUUCACCAUCGAGUCGGACGCGUCAGACCGAGCGGUAGGAGCGGCGCUGGUCCAAGAGCAAGACGGCGUCACGCGCGUCAUCAGCUACUUCAGCAAGAAGCUCAACCGAACACAGCGGCGAUAUUCAGCAGUAGAAAAGGAGUGCCUCGCCGUACUGUCGGCCAUACAGCAUUUCAGGCAUUACGUAGAGGGAGCCAAGUUCCGGGUCAUCACCGACGCCAGAAGCUUGCUCUGGUUGUUCAACGUCGGCGCAGAGACGGGCAACGCGAAGCUAUUGAGAUGGGCGUUGAGGAUUCAAGCCUACGACUUCGACCUCGAGUACCGGAAAGGGAAAGCGAACAUCACGGCCGACUGCCUGUCACGCUCGAUCGAAGUGGACGCCGUUCGCGUCACGCUUCCGGACGACGAGUACGAAGAGCAGAUCGAGAACAUCACUGGGAACCCAACGAAGUUCAGUGACUAUCGGGUGAUCGACGGACGGAUCUUCCGCUACGUGAAGUCGCCUAACCGCCAGACCGAUCCACGGUUUAGCUGGAAGCUACUGCCGCCGCGAGCCGAACGCAAGGAGAUCGUCACGAAGGUUCACGACCGAGCUCACUUCGGUUUCGAAAAGACGCUGGCAUCGCUGAAGGAGCGACACGACUGGCCGAAAAUGCGUGAAGAAGUUCGGAAGCACUGCCGCGAAUGCCUACAGUGCCAGGUGAGCAAAGCCGGCAACCAGAACGUCACGCCGCCCAUGGGACCACAAAAACCGGUCCAAUACCCGUGGCAGUUCAUCACGCUCGACUACGUCGGUCCGCUACCCGCCUCGGGCAAGAACAGGAACACAUGCCUGCUCGUCGUGACCGAUGUGUUCAGCAAGUUUGUUCUCGUGCAACCGUUCCGCGAGGCGAAAGCACACUCGCUCACAGAGUUUGUCGAAAACAACGUGUUUCGUCUGUUCGGAGUCCCGGAGAUAGUCCUGACGGACAACGGAACUCAGUUUUUAUCCAAGCAGUUCAAAACCCUUCUCGAGUCGUACCACGUCCAGCACUGGCUGACCCCGGCGUAUCACCCUCAGGUGAACAACACCGAGCGGGUGAACCGAGUGAUCACCACGGCCAUCAGGGCGACGUUGAAGAAAGACCACAAACAUUGGGCCGACAACCUUCAGGACAUCGCGGACGCCAUCCGUAACGCUGUACACGAUUCGACACACUACAGUCCAUACUUCGUGGUCUUCGGCCGGAACAAAGUGUCCGACGGCCGGGAGUACAGCUGGAUCAGAGACAACUACGAGCCGAGCGACGACGACAAGGAUGUUCCAGAGCAGAAGAAGAAGCUGUUCGAAGAGAUCAAAAAGAACCUGACCGCCGCCUACCAGAGACACGCCAAGACGUACAACCUCCGUACGAACGCCAACUGUCCCAAGUACACCGUGGGGGAGAAAGUGCUGAAGCAGACCUUUGACCUGUCCGACAAGGGGAAGGGCUUCUGCAAGAAGCUCGCACCGAAGUACGAACCUGCGUUCGUGCGAAAGGUGCUGGGAAAAAACACGUACGAACUGGAGGAUCUGGACGGAAAACGUUUUGGGGUCUACUUCACCAAUCGGCUGAAAAAGUGGCACACACCUCAGCCAGCGGCAAGCGGAUCGUGA